AUGGAGCCCUUUUCUUUCGGCACUUCGGAUUCGCUCGAUUAUCCCGUCAGCGUUCGUAUAAUCAACCUGGAAGGCGACGAAGCUCCAUAUCUGUUCUCAACCCUCAUUGAAAGACCAGAGUUGCGACAUAUUGGGUCAAACACGAGUUCCUACUCUGACCUCUACGUCACAGUCCAAGUAUGGGCAGGGUCAAAGCCUCUGACUGUGCCGAUUCAGACAUCCUACAAGGCGUUUCGGAACGAGAGAAGAUGGAAUGAAUGGCUCACAAUACCAAUACCUUACAAAUCUCUCCCCUUAAAUUCCUACCUCGCGAUAACGAUAUGGGACCUGUCGCCCACCGGCGGACCGCAGGCGCAAGGUCAUGCGAUUCCUUUUGGCGGCACCACCUUGCCGCUAUUCGACAAGGACAACCAACUACAGAAGGGGAGGCAGAAGUGUGCUGUUCAUCGUCACAAACAAGCCGAUGGUAAUGAGAACACAUCAACUCCAGCAGUCACCACAAAGUCGAGGGAGGGCCCAACAAAGAGUAGAAACGCACCCGCCGUAAUCGAUAAAGAGGAAGAAGAGCUGGAGCGUAUGGAGAGACUAUUCAAGAAACAUGAGAUGAACGAAAUCCCGCGUGUUGAAUGGCUUGAUCAGCUGGUAUUUCGUGGGACUGAGAGACGCCGAUUGAAAGCUGCUAGGAACUCGAUCAAAUCAAUCCAACGACAAUCGGAUACGUCUAAAGACGCAGAAAUCAAAGUAGGGCAGGAUGGGGGAGCUGAAGUAGAGAAUGGAUUGCCGCCUAGACCUGGCCCAUCGAAGUUUGCUCUCAACAUAGAGUUGCCUCGCUUUGAUUUCCCCGUGGUCUUUGCAGACCAUGAGUACCCACCUCCGCCGAUUUCGUCUUUUCAGCAUCUUUCUGCUUCACAAUCAAAUAUCUUAAUCAAACCACCUCCAGAGGUAUCAUAUGGUCCUGGGAUAAAUGGACCAGAAGACCGAGAUCGCAUAAUCCGGAUCUACGACCCCGAGGUCGGAGCGAAAGACAACCCGGCUGAAAGUAAACAUAGACGCCUUGUGAGAAGUCAACACCGCCAUGGAAUUCUAGACAAGGACUUGAAGCCGAAUGCGAAAGUGCGCGAUGAGCUGAACACGAUAAUGUCAUAUUCUCCGACUCACGUACUAUCUCCCGAAGAGAAGGAUCUUGUGUGGAAGUUUCGUUACCACCUUACGAAGGAUAAGCGUGCUCUCACAAAAUUCGUCAAAUCUGUGAAUUGGCAAGACCAGAGCGAAUCCAGACAAGCCGUUCAAGUCCUAGGGAAAUGGACAGACAUCGACGUAGAUGACGCUCUCGAAUUGCUAGGCCCAACCUUUGAUAAUCGUGUUGUAAGAGGGUAUGCCGUGGAUAGGUUGAGGAAAUCUGACGAUAAUGAGCUCCUUCUUUAUCUCUUACAGCUUGUCCAAGCUCUCAAGUUUGAACACAUCUCAACAGACUCAAACCAGGCUACCAUGCGAGCAUCAUCACUAGCCGACUUCCUCAUUUCCCGAGCUGUCGAGAACUUUACCUUGGGAAACUACUUUUAUUGGUACCUAGGGGUUGAGUACGACGACAAGAGCAAUGAUCAAGGCGAAGAAGUACGCACCAUGUACGCAAAAGUCCAAUAUGACUUUAUGAAAGAGCUGGAAAGCCGCCCCGGGGGCAAAGAGACAAGGCUCACAAUCAGGCGACAAGCCGAGCUUAUUGCUGUGAUAUCCAAGAUCUCGGCAGACAUUCAAGCGUCUCGCGACUCGUACCCACGGAAACUGGAGAAAACCAAGGCUUUCUUGGCUGACUCGAAGAACGAGCUUUUGACGAUUGAUCCACCUAUACCUAUGCCACUAGACCCUUCAGUCAUGGUAGUCGGUGUGGUUCCAGAAGAGACGCGGGUUUUCAAAUCUUCCUUGUCACCCAUCAUGGUGACUUUCAAGGCUAUCUCGGGCAGCAAAUAUCCGAUUAUCUUCAAGACUGGCGACGAUCUGCGACAGGAUCAAUUGGUUAUCCAAAUUAUCACACUCAUGGACCAACUCCUGCAGAAGGAGAACCUGGACCUCAAACUUUCGCCAUACAAAAUUCUGGCUACGAGCACGUCGGCUGGUGCUUCGCAGUUUGUGCCGUCACAGACGUUCUCGGCCAUCUCGUCCAAGUUCCAUAAUAACCCCGUCCUGGCCUACCUCCGCCAACACAACCCAGAUGACCGAGCAUAUCUGGGAGUGCGCAAGGAGACGUUGGAGACGUUCACCAAGUCCUGCGCGGGUUACUGUGUCAUCACGUAUAUCCUCGGAGUGGGUGACCGGCAUCUCGAAAACCUUCUUUUGGCGCCGGAUGGGCAUUUCUUCCAUGCGGACUUUGGGUUUAUCCUCGGCCGCGACCCCAAGCCGUUCGCGCCGGCGCUCAAGCUCAGCAAAGAGAUGGCGGAUGCCAUGGGCGGGGCCAACCCGCCCAGCGAGGUCUACCUGCAGUUCAAGCAGUACUGCUUCCUUGCCUUUGCGGCGCUCCGCAAGUCUUCCAACCUGAUCCUAAACCUGUUUAGCCUGAUGGUGCACGCCAACAUCCCGGACAUCAAGGCCGAGCCGGACAAGGCCGUGUUCAAGGUUAAAGAACGGUUCCACUUGGAACUCAACGAGGAAGAUGCCAUCAGGCAUCUCGAUCGUAUCAUGGAAGAUUCCCUGAAUGGUAUCAUGCCCGUCGUGAUUGAUCGACUUCAUGACUUUGUCCAGGCGUUCAGGUAA